AUGUUCCAGAAGUCGCUUGAGAAGUACGGCGUGCGCGCCAAGCUGACCGCGCUCAUCAACGACACGACUGGAACCCUCAUGGCGUCCAACUACGUGCACCCCAACACUCGUAUCGCUGUCAUCUUCGGUACCGGCUGCAACGCCGCGUACAUGGAGACGGCCAAGGACAUUCCCAAGAUCGACUACAUGCAGCUGCCGCCCGACCAGGACAUGGCGAUCAACUGCGAGUGGGGCGCGUUUGACUCGUUCACCCACGAGCACCUGCUGGGCGAGCAGGCGUUCGAGAAGAUGAUUGCGGGCCUGUACCUGGGCGAGAUCUUCCGUCUCGUGUUGAUGGAGAUGAUCGACGCAGGCGACCUCUUCCUCGGCCAGAACACGUACAAGCUCGAAAAGGCGUAUGCGUUCGACACGGCCUUCCUGUCCCUGAUGGAGGCGGACCCGACGGACGAGCUGCUGAUGGCGAUCGGCAUCUUCAACCACUUCUUCGGUCUCGAGACGACGCUCGAGGAGCGCCAGUUCUUCCGCUCCCUCGCCAAGCUUAUCGGUACCCGCUCCGCGCGCCUGUCGGCGUGUGGCAUCGCCGCCAUCGUCCACAAGAAGGGAUACCUGAAGGAAGGAUGCGCCGUUGGCGCGGACGGAUCGCUGUACAAGAAGUACCCCCACUUCCCGGAGCGCAUUGAGCAGGCCCUCGUCGACAUCUUCGGAGAGGACGGCAAGAAGAUCACGACCCACAAUGCCGAGGACGGAUCGGGUGUCGGCUCGGCCAUCAUUGCCGCCAUGACCAUGCAGCGCAAGAAGGACGGCCUGUACCCCGACUACUAA